CCACAUUUUAAAUGAUUUCAUUUCUUCGACACACAUCUCUAAUUUAUUUAAUAUACAGAAAUAAAUGCCAGAAGCAGUUUUUUCUACAUAAAUGAAAUUAGAAGGAUCAGUGACUGGGGGAGGUUAGGGAAUAGGGAAUCUAUAUAAUGAAACACAAGAGAGGCAGGCUGUGGGCUGAGAGCAGUGGGUGGAGAUUCCUGUACUAUAAGUGAAAGUAGCAGAAUCACAUUCACAGGCUGACUGGGGAAGCAGAAAGAGACAAUGAAUUCCUAUAGUCUGAUGAUAGUUGUCCUUCUUUUGUGCAGCAAUGUUGGCCACGCAAUGGAUUGCUACAAAUGUGACUAUGGUGCUUGCCUGUUUCCUUCAGUGACAAGCUGUCAGUUUGGACAGGUCUGCAUGACACAAACAGCAUCAACAUCUUCCCUGCCGUUGGUGUCGGAUCUGGUAACUCUUCGCAGGAAGGACUGCUUAUCAAUAUUAGCUUGUGGAAGCGAAGCCUCAGAUACCUACCUGGGUGUUACAGUAAAAGCCACGCGUACCUGCUGCUACAGUAACCUCUGCAAUUCAGCCAUCAAAACCAGCAUGUCUGCUGUCACCAGUGUGGCUCUCUUGGUGGCCCUGUGUUUCACAAAGCUAUUUUAAAUCUAUCAUCUGUUAAAACUGCUCUUCCUCUUUGGCUGAGUAUCUUCACCAUAUUUAAUUAAAUAGAAUGUUGUGUUCCACAGAGAGAAUGCUGUAUAGCUACUAUCACACCGUUUUCAACCACUAUGCUUUUCAGGACUCAACUUGCACUCCAGAAAAAGUUUCCUUAUGGGAAAAAUAAGUAAUUUUCUUUGUGUGUCUUUUUAGUUUUUACUAUUCCAAAGGUGUAAUUUUUAAUAAUAAAAAAAACUCUGUGCCCGUUCACCUGCUGCUGAAAUAAAGCUCCCAACACCUAGAAUGCUAGAGUCUGAGGAACACAGUUACACAUUACUUACACUUUCCUCAGAACCUUUACAAUGAAUGUACACUAUGUAGAACUACACUACGGGUUCUUAGCUAAUGACCUAGGCUUCUUUAACAUAAUUUGAAAUGUGUAUUUUUGCAAGCAAUAAAAUUGACUUCCAUGUAACAGAAA